GAGUAGCAACGCUCUUUCUCUCACCCCGCCAGAAGGGGGUUGCAGAGAAAGAGGAGAGAACUAAUCAAUAAACCAUUUCGGAGUCGCAGCGGCAAAAACCCCCUCGACGGUUUCGCAUUCAAACAAAAAACCAUGCAAUUCUCCUCGUCCCGGUGCGAAACGAGGAGGAAGAGAAAAAUUGACCAACAUUGAAGCCCUAAUUAUAGCCGGACUCGCAUUAUAAAUAAGUUUUCUGCACGCCCCAGUAGUGUAUUUACGUUUUUCGGUGAGAGAGCGCAAGAGAGAAAUAGGGAUUCUCGUUCGGGUAGCUAGCUGUGAGUGCAAUCUGGAAACAUGCGACGACGAUCCUUGCUGAAAUACCAGCAGGACGUGCACGUGCUUCUUCAUCCCCUCGGAUCAUGAACAUCAAUAGAGGAGCAAUUUAGGAUAGCUGACUUGGAGAAUCUGUACAAAAGAUACACGGACAAAAUAAACAAUGGGUACUUCUCAUUAUUUUUGAUAUUACAAUGUCUCUUAGUCUGUGUCACUUUUUUGUAGUCUUAGUUUAUAAUAUGGAAAAUGAAACGUUACAAAGAGUGGUGCCCGAUUUAAUACUGUACGCGGUGGCCGGUGUAGUUCCAAUUGUAGCGAUAUUCCUGUCGGAGAGUUACGUGAAGAAGCACCCGGAUCUCCUCAACUAUGCAUCCACAGCGGCCUUCCUGCUGCUCUUCACGUUGGACGUGGUGCUACCGAUCUACCAUAAUGUGCAAACCGCAGAACUGGGAAAGCUCGGCAUCAGACCAACGUACACCACUCACCUGGUGCUCGUGCCAAUAUUCUUCACGGUACGCAGCACUUCCACCGCGAUGGCAUUGGGCAUCUUCGUGAGCGUCACGCACAUCCUCAUCGUCAUUUUCUUCACCUACAAGAACUCUCCAAUAUUAAUCCAAAGAAUAAUCGCCGACAGCAUUUACUAUUUAUGCAUAAACGGCGUCGGGGCCUAUUUUCGUUUCAUCAAUGAGAUGAUGAAGCGCAGAGGUUUUCUGGAUAGACGGGCGUGCGUUCAAUCAAAUCUAGAGUUAACUUUCCAGAAGGAUCAAGAGGAACAACUAAUGUUAAGUAUUAUACCGAAGAGCAUCAUCGAGAUGGUCCGGAAAGAUAUUUCGGAGAAUUUCAAGUCGAUGAAGGUGCAGACUAAACCUUUCGGGAAUCGUUAUAUUGUUCCACACGAUAACGUGACGAUCUUGUACGCGGAUAUUGUCAACUACACGGAGAUGACCACAAAGUUAAAACCAGUGACGAAGCUCGUGGAGACAUUGAACGAUCUUUUCGGUAGUUUCGAUGAUGCGUCGGAAGCUUUGAAAGUGCUUCGCAUCAAGUUCUUGGGGGAUUGCUACUACUGCGUGGCAGGUCUACCCCCAGACAAUAUCCCUAAUCAUGCGGACGCUUGUGUCGAUCUUGGAUUGAAGAUGAUUGAGAUUAUUAAACGCGUCAGGAAGAGCCGUAAAUUGGAUAUAAACAUGAGGAUCGGUAUACACUCCGGGAGCAUCUUGAGCGGAAUCAUAGGCAUCGCCAAAUGGCAGUUCGACGUUUGGUCCAAAGACGUUCACAUUGCUAACAAGGUCGAGAGCACAGGAAGCCCAGGAAAAGUACAUAUCACAAAACAAACCAAAGAUCAACUGACCAAAGAUUACAAUAUGGUUCCAAAUAGCAGAUGCAAGACUGAUCCUUUUCUUAAGCAAUACAACAUCGAGACGUUCCUGAUAACGCCAGAGAAGGAACCGGAGGAGCCGCCGUGCGCUAAAGUCGCGGACGUCAUCCUGAACCCGAGCGGUCUGGACAAACGUCGCGACACGUUCCAGAGGAAGCAGGACUUGCGGAAGGUCAGCUCGACGCCGAAUCUGGGAAGGCGAUUGACCAGUCGCAGGAUCAGCGGGAAAAUCCCUUUACCAAACAUCGAAAAGAAAAUCAACAACAGCGAGAGGAGGACGAGCGGGCAAAAUUAUAGGGAAUCGUUGAUAAGCGGUCGAAUGUCGGACAGGAGGACCGCUUUCAUGGACAACAACAUCAACAGAUAUCAGGAGAUGUUGCAAUUCACCGACGACAAACUGUCCGAGGCCAUCCAUUCAAUGCCCUUCGCCAAAUACGACCAGUGGAUCAAGAAGUCCGAUAUUAAUCCGCUUUUGCUGGUCUUCAAAGACUUGAAGAAGGAACUCAACUACUUCCAGAUUCCCGAUCCGCUGUUCCGGUAUUACAUGCUCACCGAACUGCUCAUUCUGAUCGGCGUUUUGCUCAUCCAAAACAUCACAGUUCCACACUGGGAUUGUACCACUUUUCUGGGUUUGGGUAUGAUGGUUUUCGUAAUAGUUAUCUUAUUGCCUUUAACUUGGAGCAGUUACAUUUGGAACACAUAUUACCACAAGAUCAACAACAACGAUUCAGUCAGCUAUUACGACGAUAGCAAUUUAUCCGAUGAACCCACAGCUGAAAUAAACAUCGACGAUAAACCUAAAAAUAAAUUUAUAUUGCUACUAUACAACAUAUCAAACACGAUUACCAUCAAUGUCUUCUGCCGCAUCACAAUUUAUCUCUUCAUUUGCGCAUUAUUUGCGCUCUUCGUUUUCGGAGAUUUAUUCCUCUGCAAGUACGGAGACACAUCAAUAAAUGUUUUAAAAGAGAAGCCCGUAAAUGAUUCCACAAACAACUGUUUUGUGCCAUGGCACAUGACUCAAACAUGCGGAUUGGCAAUCGUAAUGAGCUUCCUUUUCCUAAAAGUCCACGUGUGGAUAAAGUUCUUCUACGCAGCAACCAUCACGAUAGUCUACUCGCUAUUCAUCUAUCAAGCCUCCGAUUUAUUCGAGGACAGCGAAACGCUCAGCUUCCAAAUACCCACGUGGAUAGCGCACAUCAUAAGCAUAGUCUAUCUGACGUUCACUUUACAUCUGAUCGACCGUCAGGCAGAUUACAUGAACCGUCUGGAUCACCAGUGGAAUCUUCAGCUGAUCAAAGAACAGGAAGAGGCCAACUUCAUGCGAUUAAUAAACCAUUACUUGCUGGUAAACAUUCUGCCGGUCCACGUCGCUCAUAGAUACUUAGACGUGAACCGAACCAAAGAGUUGUACUGCGAAGAGUACUCGGACGUCGCAGUUAUGUUCGCCUCCAUUGUCAAUUACAAUUUGGACGACACGGAGGAGAAAUUUUUCAUGCACAUAAUGCACGAGAUCAUUGGAGAUUUUGAUAAGCUAUUGGUGAGAGACAAGGAGAAGGACAAGAACAAGAUUGAAAAGAUCAAAGUUGCCAAUUGGACGUACAUGGCGGCAUGCGGAUUGGCGCCCGGCGAUUCCACCUACAGCGUCGUGGACGAUGAAACGCGGAAAUCUUACGUGGUGACGCUUCUCUCGUUCGCGGUGGAGAUGCGCAAAGUGCUGAAGAAGCACAACAAAGAGAGUCUCCAGGAUUACCAGCUGAGGAUAGGCAUAUGUCACGGCGAAGUGACGGCCGGCGUGGUUGGAUCGAAGAAGCCUCUGUACGAUAUCUGGGGAGAUGCCGUGAACAUUGCUUCCAGGAUGGACAGCACCGGUGAAUCCAACAGGAUUCAAGUAACGGAAGAUACGGCGAUGGCUAUAGAGUCGAGCGGAUACAAGUGCGAGUUCAGGGACUUCAUUUUCGUGAAGGGCAAAUCGCAGAAUGGUAUUCCCGACGUGCCCACCUACUGGGUGUGUCUGGAUGACGAGGACAAUCUGAUCCCGAUCUGCAACAAUGAAAUCGAUGAAGAAAUCUCUUGAAUAUAAUUGCGUAUAUAUUCCACAACUCACUCAUGACUGAUGCAAACCCAAAUACGGUUCGUUGCUGUGCAAAACGAAGAUUAAGGAAAACAAUUUUCAUGUCGGUAGAUACCAGUGUAAUGUAAUCAAAAUGUAGCGUUUAUAUAGAAAAUUAUUUUCCUAGAGCUGAAACGCGCAAGUGUUCAUAUUAUUUUUGUAAAUUAAAACCAAUGAAGCAAACAAAAAAUAACAACAACAACAACAACUAAUACUACUACAAGAAGAAGUUCGUACUGUUUCAUUUCGUCUCUCUUUAUCUCUCCGAUAUUUAAUUGGACUCUCUACCUUCGAUACGAAUCAUGCGGCGUUGCUACAAACAAUCGACCAAUUUUGUAUCUUGACUUGAAAAUUUUGAUAUUUUUAAUUGUAUUUAUUCAAUGAACAAUAAACAAUAUUAUCUAAUAAAUGUUCAAUUACUGCUAUAAAUCAACCAAUAGCUGAAUAGUAAAUAAGAUAAAUAAAUUCUGAAUAUAAUUUCAGAAGCAAUUUAGGAUAGCUGACUUGGAGAAUCUGUACAAAAGAUA